GCGCGGCGCGGCGGCGGGGCCAGUCGGGACGGAGGAGACAAGAUGGCGCUGCGGGCGAUGCGGGGGAUCGUGAACGGGGCCGCGCCUGAGCUGCCCGUACCCACCAGCGGGCCAGGGGUGGGGUCUCGAGAGCAGGCGCUGGCGGUUAGCCGGAACUACCUCUCCCAGCCUCGUCUCACGUACAGGACAGUGUCAGGAGUCAACGGCCCGCUUGUAAUCUUAGACCACGUUAAGUUUCCCAGAUACUCUGAGAUUGUGCAGUUGACACUGCCUGACGGCACAAAGAGAAGCGGGCAGGUUCUGGAAGUUAGUGGCUCCAGAGCAGUGGUUCAGGUAUUUGAAGGGACCUCAGGCAUAGACGCCAAGAAGACGUCCUGUGAGUUUACUGGGGAUAUUCUCCGAACACCAGUGUCUGAGGACAUGCUUGGCCGAGUAUUCAAUGGAUCAGGAAAACCUAUCGACAGAGGUCCUGUUGUGCUGGCUGAGGACUUCCUUGACAUCAUGGGCCAGCCAAUCAACCCUCAGUGUCGGAUCUACCCAGAGGAGAUGAUUCAGACCGGCAUUUCGGCCAUAGAUGGCAUGAACAGUAUUGCUCGGGGGCAGAAAAUUCCUAUCUUCUCUGCUGCUGGCUUACCGCACAAUGAGAUUGCAGCUCAAAUCUGUCGCCAGGCUGGUUUGGUAAAAAAAUCUAAAGAUGUAGUGGACUACAGUGAGGAAAAUUUUGCGAUUGUAUUUGCUGCUAUGGGUGUAAACAUGGAAACUGCCCGCUUCUUCAAAUCCGACUUUGAAGAAAAUGGCUCAAUGGACAAUGUCUGCCUCUUUUUGAAUUUGGCUAAUGACCCAACUAUUGAGCGAAUUAUCACUCCCCGCUUGGCUCUAACCACGGCCGAGUUCCUGGCCUAUCAAUGUGAGAAACAUGUAUUGGUUAUCCUAACAGACAUGAGUUCUUACGCUGAAGCACUUCGAGAGGUUUCAGCCGCCAGGGAGGAGGUUCCCGGUCGACGCGGUUUCCCAGGUUACAUGUAUACAGAUUUAGCCACUCUGUAUGAACGUGCUGGUCGAGUGGAAGGCAGAAAUGGCUCAAUUACUCAAAUUCCUAUUCUCACCAUGCCUAACGAUGAUAUCACUCACCCCAUCCCUGACCUGACUGGAUACAUCACAGAGGGGCAGAUCUACGUGGACAGACAGCUGCACAACAGACAGAUCUACCCGCCCAUCAACGUGCUGCCCUCGUUGUCGCGGUUAAUGAAGUCUGCGAUUGGCGAAGGCAUGACCAGGAAGGAUCACGCUGAUGUGUCGAACCAGCUGUACGCGUGCUACGCCAUCGGCAAGGACGUGCAGGCCAUGAAGGCCGUGGUCGGGGAAGAAGCCCUCACCUCGGACGACCUCCUAUACCUGGAGUUCCUGCAGAAGUUCGAGAGGAACUUCAUCGCUCAGGGUCCUUACGAAAACCGCACUGUCUACGAGACCCUGGACAUCGGCUGGCAGCUGCUCCGAAUCUUCCCCAAAGAGAUGCUGAAGAGGAUCCCGCAGAGCACGCUGAGCGAGUUCUACCCGCGAGACUCUGCCAAGCACUAGCCGCUGCCGCCCGGCUCGGUGCGCCUGUGAAAUGCUGGUUCUGUGCUCUUGGUUCCUUCUGCACACCCCCUCCUUCCCCACCUCUGUGCUGGACUUUACUGUGUUACCCUGUAAUUAAAAACGAAGACGAGGUAA